CAAAUGGGGAAGAAAAAGCCGAGGACAGCUCAGAAGAAUAAAUUAGCCAAAUCCAUGGCUAUAAAACCACCAAGGAAAGGAUCAGAUCCACUAGAUUUCCAACGUCCAAAUUCAGACAUUGGCUCCAUGACAGUUGAGAGAAGGAACUCUAGCGCCAGUGGUUUAGUCAAUUUCUCCCAGAUCUUUGGAGCCUUUGAAGGAUUUGUACAGAAGAAGGAUAAUAAAGAGCCAGGAGAUAAUCAAAAUGCCAAUGAGCCCCAUAACAGCUCAGAAGCCAUUUCAGCAAGAGUCCUGAUUGGAAGCCAAAUAUUUGUUAUACUACUCUGAAUGCUUUCAUAUGGCAUCUAUAUCUUACUCGGUGAUUGCUUCAGCUCAAUGUUACUUGCAUUUGUAACUUCUUUAUACUUGAGAGACGUAAAGCUGACAAUUCAGAAAUCGAUCAGUCAAAAUUUAGCAUCUAACGAAAAAUCUCUUCUCAUGAAAAUCUUAAUGGUGAGAUUCAUAAUGAGUACUUACAAAAACUAUAAAAUUGGGGGACUCAAGGGUAUUCUCUCAGAAAUAUGUGCCUAUAUCUUUAACUUUGUCACUUCUAAUUUUGAUAGGAGAAGCUCCACUCUUUUUAAUGAUGUCCCUAAGAUCAUGACAAUUUGAGCUCUCUACAUCCUUCUAAGAUAUUUUGGAAUAAAGGUUACACUGUUAAUCUUCAUUAUUUUCUUAGGAAUAGACUUAGCUCUUAAGAGCUUGGCUUGGCUUAUCAUGAUCGCAUUCUGCUGCUGUAGAGUUCGGAGCAAAGAUCUAGACGACAAAGAUACAAGAUACGGAGGAUUCCUCUCAGUUGUGAUUUCAUACGCUUUAAUUACCAUUAUGCUGUUGAUGAUCAUUGGAUCUUGAUUUUUACUAUCGUUCUUGCUCUUACUAGAUCUGAACUACCUGAGGCAGAACAACAUGGAGAGUAUCUCCCUAUCAAACAUAGUCGACGAGAACAGUCUGAUAAUUGGCAGAGUUGAUACAGCAGUGAAGCCAUAUCUGAAGAAGUUAUUGAAGCUGCUUCAUCACCAGACCAACAUUCCUUAUGAGUUUGAAAAAGAAAGAUUUAAGAAUAUGACUACCUUACAAGUGCUAAGUGAUUUUACAAAGGCUACUAAUAUUAGCUCCCCAGGAGACUUAUUUACUCUGUACCAGAAUUUUGAGUUGGAGAGCUCAGAUGAUGAAAAGAAUGAUGACCCUUCAGAUUUUAAACCCGAAGACUUUGAGACAACUACUGAGAUGUUGAUUAGGAACUAUAAUAAAGUAUCUGAGCUAGUUAGCACCCUUUUUAAGGACAAAAAGUCAAACGAGAUGAACACAGCCAAGAUUUAUGAAAAUGUUUAAGAUCGUGUGAGAGUACGGAUUCGCUAUUGUGAUUGAACUAUCGAAUUAUU